AUGGGCCGCACCGAACGGACCGUCGUCCGCCAGCCCGCCAGCUUCCGCCGCGACGCGCGCGCAAAGCGGGCCAAGUCAACCAUCAACAAGGUGAUUCCUGCACUACUAACUGCGCACCCGCGAGCGCGGCGCGGGAUCGAGGCCUCGGAGCUGAUUGUUGACCCGCCUGCCGCGAACCGGCAAUCGGAAGGGAAGGAGAAGGGAAAGGGGAAGUCUAGGGAAGAGGACGAGGGAGUCAAGAAUGGGAAGAGCAACGGCAAAACAGGGCGAAAGACGGAUGGGUCCAAGUCAGCGAAAAGUGUUGGAGAAAACGGAGGCGACGAGGGACUGGCACUACGCAUCACCCUCCGCGCGACCGACACCCUCACAGCCGCGCGCGCCCUGCUCUCACCACCGGCGGCGCACCCGCACUCGCAGACCCCGUCCCCUGCUGCACCCGGCCGCAACGGGAACACCACCGCCUCCCCGGUCAAAGUCGGCAUCCUCAACAUGGCCUCGCCCCUCUCGCCCGGCGGCGGCUUCCUGAACGGCGCCACCAGCCAGGAGGAAUCCCUCUGCAUGCGCACCACACUCCUGCCGUCCCUGCGGGACUCGUUUUACCGCCUGCCGGAGCUGGGGGUGGUGUACACGCCCGACGUGCUCGUAUUCCGGGACGCCUCAUCCGGGUCCGAGGGCCAUUCCGAAAAUGAUGUGGACGUGCUCCCGAAGAACGAGCGCUGGUUCGUCGACUGUGUCUCGGCCGCCAUGCUGCGCCUGCCCGAGACGGACGUCGAUGAGACCACGGGCCGUGGCGGGUAUGUUCAUGAGAAGGACCGUGAGAUGGCGGCGCGGAAGAUGAGGGCGGUGAUGCGGGUUUUUGCGGCGAAGGGGUGCGGGAGGGUCGUGCUGGGCGCGUGGGGGUGCGGCGCGUAUGGUAACCCCGUGGGCGAGGUCGCGAGGGCGUGGAGGCGGGUGUCGGUCGGUGGGAGCCAGGGGAAAGGGGGGAAGAAAGGCAAGACGGGCAGUGGCGGAGGGAGUCAGGAGGUGUGGCACGGCAUCGACGAGAUCGUGUUCGCCAUCAAGGACUCAGGCAUGGCCGACGCGUUCGAAGAGGCGUUCGGGGCGGGUAUUAUACGGGAAGAUGCAGACGAUAUUGCUGAUGACGAUAUAGAAGACGGAGCUGAGGAUGGUGCUGAGGCUAUGCGGAUGCGGGAGCUAAGGGAUAAAAUUGAGGAGUUGGAGGGACAGGUUCUACAUGCUAAGAGCCCCCAUAUGAAGUCGGGGCUUGGUUCUGUGCUGGCAGGGUUGAGGAAUCAGCUUCCUGAUGAUGGUGAUGGGGAGUCUGUUGUGCCGGGGCCUGCAAGUGACGAAACUGAAGGCAGUGCAGAUGGAGGCACUGGUGAAAGCGAAGAGGACGAUAGUGAAACAGAUGGGGACGGUGGUGGUGGUGGUGGUGAUAGUGAUAGUCAUGUCUAA